AUGAACACCGCCAAAACGGCGUCCGACGGCCAAGGGACAGCGGCUCGCGCGACGAGCGCCGAGCCGCAGAAGUCGCCCACCUCGCCGCCCCUAUCGCCGUCGUCCAUGGAGCAGGCGCAGGCGGCCGCGGCGCGGCUGCACCGGCCGAUCCUCCAGUCGAUGCCGGACACGCGGCAGCAGUCGUUUGACGAGAUCUACGGGCCGCCCGAGAACUUCCUCGAGAUCGAGGUGCGCAGCCCGCGCACGCACGGCAUCGGCCGGCACAUGUACACCGACUACGAGAUCCUGUGCCGCACAAACAUCCCGGCCUUCAAGCUGCGCCAGUCGUCGGUCCGCCGCCGCUACUCCGACUUUGAGUACUUCCGCGACAUCCUCGAGCGCGAGAGCGCCCGCGUCACCAUCCCCCCGCUGCCCGGCAAGGUCUUCACCAACCGAUUCAGCGACGACGUCAUCGAAGGCCGCCGCGCCGGGCUCGAGAAGUUCCUCAAGAUCGUCGUCGGGCAUCCGCUGCUGCAGACUGGGAGUAAGGUCCUGGCGGCUUUUGUUCAGGAUCCGAACUGGGACCGCAACGCCUGGUGA